AUGGGUCUCUUGGGCCUCAUUCUGUGUGGCCUCGCGAUCGCCAGCGCCGUCGACAGCAACGAGACUACCGUGACCGAGGGCGGCAGGAUCAAGGUCGUCAACCACCUCCCGGCCGUGUGCCCGAUGAAUGCAGCGACGUGGCUCUCACCCACGGCCGCCGCGAUCUUGCCCAAGGCCAGAGCGUGGGCCGUUUGGCGGCUGAACGCCACGUGA